UUUCAGAUUUUCUCCCACAAAAAUGACUAGCAAAAUUGCAUUAUUCGAUCAAACACUCAUCGCCUCACUUCUACAGCCGUUGAGCCUAAAUCAACCGGAUUUUAAGGCAUACAAAACAAAAGUUAAGCUGAAAAUAUCAGAGCAAAGGAACGAAACCAGUGGAGAAAAGGAGCUAAAAUUCGAAAUCAGCCGCUCCGAUGAUUUUGAAUUUCUAUUCUCGGAAACGUUGAACAACGAGAAAUAUCAGAUUUUGGCUCGAGAUCACGAUUUAACAGUGGAUUUCGAUGCUUUUCCGAAAGUUAUCAUUCAACACUUGUUAUGUAAAAAUAUUGUGAAAAAUUUGGAAGAAGAUGGGGAGGUUGAUGCACGGAAAAAAGCAGGUUAUCAUAGUAUUGCUGAUCCAGGAAAGCCGACGGAAAUCAAUAUUAUUUUGGAUGCCGAGAAGAAUUUUUGCUCAUUUGAGCUAUUCUCGAAGACUCCUAUUUCGAAAGGAAAAAUCUUUUCCAUCAAGCUUCACGCAGUCCGCGGAGAUCAUUUAAUUUCACAUCUUCUGAAAAUUUGUUCCAGUCAAGCAGUGAAACUCUCCACUUUUUAUAAAUCUGCAGAUGAGCUAGCAAGCCUACGGCAGAAAUGUGGAGAUUUGGAAAAACAAGUUGAAAAACUGUCUGGUGUGAAGGAGGAAUUCGAAGAAAUGUCAGAAAAGUUUAAAGAGCUGGAAGAUGAGGUGGAGCUGGUGAAAGAGGAAAGAGAGAAUAUUCGAUUAUUAGUUGAGGAUAAAGAAGAUGAAGUGGCUGAUUUGAAACAAGACACGGAGUCGCUGCAAAAGCAAUUGGAAGAAAAUCAGGAGGAGCUGGAGAUUGUUGGAAAUAUGUUGAGAGAAGAACAAGGAAAAGUGGAUCAGCUUCAGAAACGAAAUGUGGCUCAUCAGAAAGAAAUUGGGAAGCUUCGAGCAGAACUUGGCACGGCUCAACGGAACCUGGAGAAGGCCGAUCAGCUGUUGAAGCGAAACUCCCAACAACAGAAUCAACAAAGUCUGGAUAUGAGAAAACUAGGAGAGCUGGAAGCUGAUUUGAAGGAAAAAGAUUCGAUGGUUGAGAGUCUCACUGAAACUAUUGGAAUCUUGAGGAAGGAGCUGGAGAACGAGAAAUUAAAGGCCGCCGAGAAUAUGGAUAGUUUUGAGAAGCUGAGCAUGGAGAAUGAGAAUCUUAAAGAAAAAAUUGCCCAUUACCGAGCCCAACGGUUUAGUCCAGCUCCUUCUGGGCUUCCCGGGCUUCAGACCGGACUAACAAAUAGGCUUACACCAUCAUUCAAGCCUGUUCUUGGACCCCACACUCCAUAUGGAGCUAAUUUGAACUCGCGCACCCCAUUCCGUGACAAUACAACUCUUAAUUUCCAAAAUUCGACAAUUGCAACUCCUCAUGCUUUUCGUUUCAACAGUCAACUAAUCGCCGACGAGACUACUGGUUCAAGUGUGACGAACACCCCACCCGCUCAACGAUAAAAUCUUUUUUAUUGAUUUUUUCUUGUCCUUUACUUGAAAAUAAAACUCUGCUUAUUUC